AUGUUUUUAUGGAAGCUGGCUAAGAAUAUUCUUCCAGUGGCGGAAAGAUUACAAAAGAAUACUACUUGUGUUCAGUGCUCUCAAGGAAUUGAAACAGUCCAACACCUUCUAUUUCAAUGUUCUGUUACCUCAGAAGUUUGGUCUGUUGUCUCACCUGAGAAUCUCCAAGAUGCUACUAAAUACGGAGAUGUUAAUCAGUGGCUCCAGUCUUGGAUGGAUAAAAGAUCGUUAUUUUCGUCGAAAAGACAACAUCUUAGAAAUCUGGCAGUGAUAACAAUGUGGUUCUUAUGGAAAAGCAGAUGGUUGAAGCUGUUUGAAGGAAAAUCACAGUCUCCUACAAUUAUUACUCAACAAAUCUUUCAAUUUUGUUACGCUUAUGGCCUUUGCAUUCAUAAUAGCUAUAUACCAUGUAGUUACAUCAGUAAUCAUAUAUCUAUUAAGCCUAGAAACGAUUGGAUACCACCUUCAUCUGAUUGGUUAAAGCUUAAUUUUGAUGUUUCUAUUCUCCCUGAUACUAAUUUUGUUGGUUUCUCUAUUGUGUUGCGAAAUCAUCUAGGAGACUGCUUGGAAGCCGUGGCCUGGACAAGGAAUGUAAGAGAUGUUGAUCAAGCAGAAGUGCUAGCUAUGUUAAGAGUGCUGCAGUGGCUUAAGUUUAAAGGUUUAUGUAAAGUUCAGGUAGAAGGUGAUAAUAAAUCAGUGAUGGAGGCUAUGAAUAAGAACCAGAGUGAAUCUAUUAGAUGA